CAAAGUUCAAAAACGUACGAUUCUGUUUCUGUUGCAGACAUGAGCAUCCUUGUUUUUAAUGGUUUUCUAUUACUGGGUUUCGUUGUGGCCUCGGUACCGGAUGUUUUAGUAUUGGGUUCGCCAGGCUCGCAACUCGUCAAUGGGGACACUCCUAUGAAGAAAUGCCGAUACAACAGGAUGAAUACCUACUCGAUGCUGGAAGCAUCCUGCUCGAAUUUGGAGUUGCAUGAUAUCCCGACGAAUCUAAAGGCUGACAUACAGGUACUGGAUGUUACUGUGAAUCGAUUGAGAGAGUUGACGAACGAUAGUCUGACCUCUUAUAAAAGCUUAGCCUAUAUCUAUCUGGGUGACAAUUUUAUCCAAAAUAUCGAGGAAGGAGCCUUUGCCAAACAGAAGUAUCUGGAAGUGCUAGAUCUUUCACAAAACGGUUGUGACACUCUGCCAAAGAGCCUCUUCCAACUGCCGUAUCUCCGCACGCUUUAUCUCGGUUACAACAAGCUUACCGACUCAGUGUUCAAGAUGGAAGUUACCUCGCCCAUCCAGAUGUUACAGUUGACCAGGAAUAAGCUCACCAAGAUCCCAUAUAUCGGCCCUCAGCCGACCCUUGUCUCCCUUAACGUAUCCGAGAAUCUGAUCACCUCGGUUGAUACCGAGGAUCUGGCGCCGUUCUGCUCACUGAAAUUGCUCGAUCUCUCGCGGAACAUAAUCAAAUUCAACAGCGCUGCGAAUGGUUGCGAAUGCGAAAUGUUGAAUGCCUGGGUGAAGCUACAUCAGAUCAAGAUGAAGCCAAUUUUUUUCAAUUGCACCAACUCGAACAUCAUAACCGAGGAAUGCACCAAUUUGCAAUUCAGCAAUCGAACGUACGAAUUAUAUAACCAGUGUUCGAUCAUAAUACAGCAGAAGGUGGAGACUGAAAAGGCCCGCUCAGUCUGGAUACUGGUAGUCACGUGUGUUUCGGGAUUCCUUUUCAUCGUCUUCACGGUGCUGUGCUGCGUGCACAAGCGGAAUCGCAGGCGACGCAGGAAGCAAAAAGAACAACAGCAAUUAGCAGCGAACAAUGCCAACACUGAGUUACUAAAUAGCAAUUUGACAACCGGUAAUUCGUGAAAUAAUCGCCGAAACGUACAACAAUAAAAAUUGUAGAGAAUUCUGUGUCGAUGCCGAGAGGAGUACAGCUUUAUACGAAUCGCGAGGAAACGAAAGUUGAGGAGUUAUCGACUUUGAAAAAAAAAAUUAACGAUGUUCAAAGUAUUUGAGAUACCUGUUGGUAUUUAUUGAGAGUUUAAGCAACGGAUUCAGAGAGAGAAUUUAAUUGGAUAUAUCGACAGAUACGUGCCUAACAGUUUGUAUCUGAUCAUUAAUAUACAUUUACAUUCGCAAAAAUGUUCAAUAAAUGUGAGAUAUACACUAGCCUCAUAAAGCAUGAACAAUAUAAUACAAAUUCGUUACCAUCCAAAAUAUCGAGCGAAAUGUGAUUAGAUUUUACUUAAGUAAUUAGAUUACUUAAGACUCCGAAAAGAAGCGCAGCCAUCGAAAGUAACCAAUGGAACUUCGUGAAGACUAUGCUUACAAGAUAUA